AUGAGUUUCAAGUCUCUAUACAAGGCCCCUCCACAUGCAGAGGUUGCAGAGACAAAGUCGCCUUUCGCUCUCUCUCUCACACACACACAGCGCUCUGGCCCACCUCCCAACUUCCCCUCCAUCCAAUCACCGCCCCACAUCCUCCACUUGGUCCAACGCGCCUCCAAACCGCGCCGCACGCCAACUCCACAUCUCGGGACCACAGCCAUACACAGCCAUCCCCACCCUGACACCAACAAGAUGAACAACUACUCCUUCCUUGAGGCCAACGGGCAGACCCAGCCGCGACCACCUCCUUCACCUUCACAAGGCUCCGUCGCUGGCUCCCAGGUCAACGGCGCACAGCAAAACGGCAUCCCAAUGGUCAAUGGAUUGCACUCCGGCGGCCAGCAAACGGACAUCAACCACCUGUGGGCCGUCGUCCAACAGUUGAGCCAGCUCCUGGAAGAGAACAAGGCCCAGACACAAGGCAUCGUCAAUGGCGUGGCUGCGAUACAAGGGCGAGCAGCAGAAGAAGGCGGCCCAGUUGGUGUGGGCAUGCGCGAGGUAAAUGGCGAAAUAAAUGCAGCAACCCGCACCGCCGAAAUCUCCCACCUGCAAUCCCAACUCACAACCGCAAACGCCACCAUCGCCACCCUCUCCUCCGCAAACACAUCGCUCUCCUCCCUCCUCACAGACUACGAAUCCGCCCUCACCCUACUCCUCGACAAACUGCGACCCUACGCAUACAACCAGACCUCUGCCGUCCUCGCAAUCCACAAACACUACCAGACCCUGCUCGAUCAGGAGCGCUCCACCAGUCUCGCCCUGCGUCUCGAACAUGCAGAGUGGCAGGCGGGAUUGGCACGCGUGGCGGAAACGGCGCGCGCGGCGCUUAGGGGGCAGAGCGAGGUGGAGGAAGGGUUGAGGAGGGAGGGGAAGGAGUUGGCGGAGGAAAAUCGCGUGUUGAGGCGGAUGGUGGGGUGGGAGGAGAGGGAGGGGAGUGAUGAUGAAGAGGAGGGGUUGCAUUGA